AACGGAUCUAGAGUCCAGCAGGAUCAAAAGAUCGACUCGUCGGAUCAGUCAGUGGGUAUUUCGAAAAUAUGUCUUUGUUACCGAGAGAGGUUUUAAAGUGGCUUCAGAGUUUAGACUUGAGCUUUCCGGUGAGGAAUGUUAGAAGAGAUUUCUCCAAUGGCUUUCUCAUAGCCGAAAUAUUUUCCUGGUAUUUCCAACAGGACAUUCAGAUGCAUUCAUAUGACAAUGGAAAGUCACUGCCAACAAAACUUGGAAACUGGUCACAGUUAGAAAGGUUUUUCAAACGAGAAGGUCUAGACAUCCCACAUGAAUUAGUUGAUGGUACAAUUCACUGUAAACCAGAUGCUGCAGAACUAUUAGUCCAGCUUAUCUACACAAAACUAACAAAUAGAACGAUAAAAAGAGUUCAGUUAGACCACGAAAUUGACUUCACGGACAGAGCUUAUCAGGUGAAGCUACCCCUGCAUGCAAGAAGCACAGCUUCACAGUCGGUGAAAAACAACUUGAAAAUUACAGAAUUCAGCACAGAACCUAACCUGAUUACUUGUCAACAGAAGGCUCAAAAUAUAAUAGACAGACAUAUUCAACAUCGACGAGAAGAACGUUAUGAGGAACCUGAACGGUUUGAUAUGAAACCAACUCUAGGACAAAUGAGUCCACGCAAAGUACCACCACCAACUAACUACAGUGAAGAGGAUGCUGAAUGCAAAGAUGCGGUCAAACCUGCACAACUAAUCAAAAAACCAACUCCUACACCACCAACAAAAGCCAGAGUUAGCGAACCACCAAGCAGGGAACAUAGUAUGGUACAGUUCAAAGAAAUCAAUGUCAAACAACUCGAUCAGAAUUCACAACAUUCAAUGAGAUUAUCGGCUUCAAGUUCACGUGAAUCAAGACCAGCUCUUGAAGGAUAUUAACAAAAUAUUUACAUAAAAACAAAAGAAUAAAAAAAAAAAACAUCUGAGGCAGUGCUGCAAUUCUCUUCUCCAAGCAACCCAGCAUGAAAGCUUGUACAUUUCAGUUUAAUCACAAUAAAUAUGGAUCCAAAUAUUGUGGUUGUCAGAAUGUUUGAUUUAAACAGAUAAAGUAUUUAUUGUAUAUAGCGCAUUAUCAGCUGUUGAGUAAUCUCAUGAAAUAUUCAAUGUACAUUUGUACUGUCAUAUUUGUUUAUGUUUGUAAAAUCUAUUUUUUGAUGGAACUAGAAGUUGUGAAAGUCAUUCAACUUUAUUUGACUUGAUGUCUCUUGUGUGUAUAUUUUACAUUUGAAUGAAUAAAUAAAAUUUAUAAAUACA